AUGCAUCUUCCCCGCACCAUUCAAUUGCGAGUCGGCCGUCCGUGGCCGCUGCCCUCUGCGUCGCGUCCGUUCGGCCUCAUGAGCACGACAGCAGCGCCCACGUUUAAGCUCGCGCUCUGUCAGAUCGCCGUGGGCGACGACAAGCGCCAGAACAUUGCAAAGGCUGUGGCGGCCGUGACGGAGGCCGCCGAGAACGCCGCGCAGGUGGUCUCGCUGCCCGAGUGUUGGAACUCGCCGUACGCGACCACGUCGUUUCCGCAGUACGCGGAGGAGAUUCCGUCGACGAAGACGCUGCUGAACGAGACGGACCAUCCGUCGACGUUCGCUUUGUCGCACCUCGCGGCCAAGCUCGGGAUCUAUCUCGUCGGUGGCUCGAUCCCCGAGAAGGACGCGAGGCAGCAGGUGUACAACACGAGUGUCGUCUUUUCACCUGAGGGAGAGAUCGUGGGGAAGCACCGCAAAGUGCACCUGUUUGACAUUGAUGUGCCGGGAAAGAUCACGUUCAAGGAGUCCGACACGCUCGCGCCUGGCAACACGUUGACGCUCUUUGACACGCCCUACGGCAAGAUGGGCGUGGGGAUCUGCUACGACAUUCGCUUCCCAGAACUCUCGAUGCUGAUGAAGAAACAUGGCGCGAAAGUGCUGCUCUUCCCAGGUGCUUUCAACCUCACCACAGGCCCAGCACAUUGGGAGCUCUUGCAGCGCGCUCGUGCUGUGGACAACCAGCUGUAUGUGGCGUCGACAUCGCCUGCGCGGGGUCCAGAAGGCGGCUACCAGGCGUGGGGCCACUCCACGGUCGUUUCUCCAUGGGGUGAAGUCGUGGCCACUUGCGGCCACGAGGAGGCCAUCGUGUAUGCUGACGUGGAUUUGGAGAAUGUCGAGGAGAUGCGUCGCAAUAUUCCGACCUCGAACCAGUCGCGCUCGGACAUUUACGAACUGGUGCUGAAAUAA